AUGCAAUUACCCAAAACACAAAAGGCCGCUAUCAAGCAAGGCACUGGUGAUAGCGCGACAACCACCAUCAAGGAGAUUCCCGUUCCAGAACCAUCCCCCGAUCAGAUCCUCGUCAAGAUCAACUACACCGGCCUAUGUGCUUCUGACAAGUCCCUGCUUCACGAUGAAUGGGACUUCAAGAUGGCAGAAUGUACAAACGGUAUUGCGGGUCACGAAGGCGCUGGCACUGUCGUAGCCGUUGGCUCUAACGUGCAAGAUCUUUGGCAGAUUGGCAAUCGUGCUGGUAUCAAGUGGAUCGCGUCCGUAUGCCGGAAGUGCGAGUUCUGUACCAACGGUCAAGAUGAAUGUCAUUGCCCAAAGCAAUUGAAUAGUGGUUUCACUAUUGCUGGAACGUUCCAAGAGUACGCCUUGACAGAUGCGAGGUAUGCGACGAGGUUGCCUGAUGGCGUCAAGGAUGAAGAGGCGGGUCCAAUCAUGUGUGGCGGUGUAACAGCGUAUGUGGCGUGUAAGAGGAGUAAGGUGCUUCCUGGGCAGUGGCUUGUUAUUCCUGGAGCUGGUGGUGGCCUCGGUCACUUCGGCGUCCAAUACGCCAAACAUAUGGGCAUGCGCGUCAUUGCAAUUGACGGCGGAGACGCCAAACGCGAGCUCUGCCUCUCUCUCGGCGCAGAAAAGUUUAUCGACUACACGACGUGCUCAGACAUCACAUCUGAAAUCAUGAAGAUCACUACCUACGGUGCUCAUGGAGUCAUCGUCUUUGCCGCCACGAGAGCAGGAUACGAGCAAGCACCACAUCUGCUGAGGCCGAACGGUACGAUGGUAUGUGUGGGUCUGCCGAAGGAUAAUACUAUUGUCGCAGGUGCUAGCCCCAUCGUAAUGUGUUUGAAAAAGUUGAAUGUUGUGGGAAGUGUAGUGGGUACAUUGAAGGAUGUUGAAGAAGCGCUUGAUUUUACUGCACGAGGCUUGGUACAUCCAAUCUUGACGCAUGGUGGGUUAGAGGACAUCGAUCGAUUCUGUGCGGAUAUGAAUGCGGGAAAGCUUGCUGGACGGGCUGUGAUUAAGAUGACUGCGUAG